AUGUAUUCCGUCGACUAUGUGAAUGAACCCGAACGAAGGGACAACAAGGAGAUUGAGUUGGAGUUCCUCGGUAAGGACUCAAUGCUCUUCAAGCAAACCAUUGAUUUUGGUUCCCAGCUUUACAACGAGAACUCCGGCAUGGGGAGUCAAGUCUACGAGAACCUCAAGAAGUUCUGCAAGGGAAAGAAGAAGACUGAGGAGAUUUUUGAUUCAAUCAAUCCCACGAUGCUGAACAACCACCUGAAGCAAUUCAUGGACGGUUUGAGUGCGAAGGUGUUCCGUACUUACAAUGCAUCCAAGACUCUCCAGGAAGAGUUGCGCAAGAAGGAAAAACUGGCAGGCUGGUGCAGGCUUAGCCCGGCUGAGAAAGUGAUCGAGUACAACAAUGUCAAUCGUGAAGUCGCCAUCCUCUGUAAUCACCAACGUUCUGUCAGUAAAGCACAAGAAACCCAAUUGGAGAAUAUAUCGAAUAAGAUAGACACGUUGAAGAAGCAGAAAAAGAUGCUAAAAGGAAUCCUCAAGUUCUUGAACUCAGGGAAGGACAACAAGAAAAUCCCUCUCAAAAAGUCGCAGGCUUCCAUGAAGGAGGACGUCGAUGGGGCAUUGGCAAAGGCCAAGAAGAUGAAGGACAAGGCUUCGACCAACGAAGAGAAGAUCGCGGCCACGCAGGCAGACGAUAAAGCCAAGGAAAUGUGCCGCGAGCUAGCGGACUUCAAGUUCACUCAGGCGCACUUGUGGGAGUGA